GAGAGAGAGAGAGAGAGGCACUUUCACUAUCUGCCCGCGCAACUCUCUGUCAUUGACUUUUUGUACUUGACGUAACACAGAAACUUUAUUUCCUACUUCCUGGUCUUAAACCCUGCUCUUGAUCAAUGGCUCAGCGUGCUGACAAAACGCUGCAAAUAUAGUCAAACAUGAAAACACGCGCAGCUUUAUCAAACAUCCGCCUCAGCUUCACUUCUUGAUCGUGUUUUGGCAGAAUUGAACCAUGACAGAAACUAGUCGACCUCAACGCAAGCUGUCCAGAGCUGGAGAGAGUUUAUACCAGACGUUAGGCCUGCAGAAAGGAGCGACGUCUGAAGAUAUUAAGAAAGCAUACAGGAAACUUGCACUGAAACAUCACCCGGAUAAAAACCCCAACAACCCGGAAGCGGCAGAGAAGUUUAAAGAGAUCAACAAUGCCAACAGCAUCCUCAAUGAUGAGACUAAACGUCAGAUCUAUGAUGAGUACGGCUCCAUGGGCCUUUACAUCGCAGAUCAGUUCGGAGAGGACAGCGUUAAAUAUUACUUCCUCAUGUCCAAGUGCUGGUUUAAGACUCUUCUCUGUAUAGGGACGAUCUUUUCGUGCUGCUGCUGCUGUUGCUGCUGCUGUUUCUGCUGUGGGAAAUGUGGCGCUUCAGAGCCUCCAGAUGAUUUCCAGUAUGUGGAUCCAGAUGAGCUAGCGGAGGAGGAAGAGCGCAGCAGAGCUAAUGAAACUGUAAUAAUAGGACAGCCAAUUCCCUCUCCGGCUCCAGCUGCAGAUUCAGCAGGUCACACUGUGAUUGUGGGAAUGCCUAUUCCUCUAUCAGCAGAUGGAGACACUGCUAUCCUGAUCCCUCCAGACACACACGUGGACAUCACAAAGGAGUAGAGCAAACAAACACACACCAACCCGAAGACUGAUUCGUUUGUAUUACACACAGUGCCUGUGCAGUUUGUGUGGCUUGUUUUAUCUCCACACAUCAUGCUGUUUUUGUUUACAUCAUUUUAUAAUUGCCUUCUGUUUGCUUGAAUGUAUGUCUUAAUGUAGAGCAACUUCAUUUCCAAAAGCUUCUUCAGAUGCAUCUUUUCAAAUGACCUCCAGUGCACAGACGAACAUAUAUAUGAUAUUAAACAACAUCCAAUAUUGUGAUCGAAUAAAUUCAGGGAUGUGCUGUUUUUAUAACAUCACCAUGUUUAUUGAUCUUUGACUGUACAUCAUGUACUGUAAAUAUCAAACCAUGCUUAGAUUGGUGAGAAAAGCACUUCAUAUGCUUUCAUAAUAAUGUUUAUGGAGAACAUAACGCUUCUGGAAAUGUUAUUAAUACUCUGUAGAGCGGUGUUUCCCAACCCUGUUCCUGGAGGCACACCAACAGUUUGGAUGUCUCCCUUUUCUGACCCAUUAACUUCAGGUGUUGGAGUCUCUUCUGAUGUUAUGAUAAGAUGAUUCAGGUGUGUUUGAUUAGGGAGAGGUUGAAAAUGUGGACUGUUGGUGUGCCUUCAGGAACAGGGUUGGGAAACACUGCUGUAGAGCAUGACGUUGUUGAGGCUCUAGUACAAUUCAUUCAUUCAUUUUCCUUCGUCUUAGUCCCUUUAUUUAUCAGGGGUCACCACAGUGAUGAACCAUCAACUAUUCCAGCAUAUGUUUUACACAGCGGAUGCCCUUCCAACCACAGCCCAGUAUUGGGAAACAUCCAUACACACUCACACUCAUACACUAUGGCCAAUUUAGUUUAUUCAAUUCACCUAUAGUGCCUGUGUUUGGACUGUGGGGGAAACCGGAGCACCCGGAGGAAACCCACGCAAACACAUGGAGGACAUGCAAAUUUCACACCCAGCCGGGACUCCAACCACCAACCUUCUUGCUGUGAGGCAAUAGUGCUAACCACUGAGCCCAGGGGCGUAGCGGACAUUUUAAAAGUCGGGGAGACGGCUGUAUGAGAUCAUACGUUCAUAUAAUUAUUAAACACCUGUUUCUAAAUGGUCUGUCUCUAAAAGUGAGGGGGACGUAUCACCCCCGUCCCCCCCGGUUGCUACGCCCUUGACUGAGCCACUAUCGCCGCUCUAGUACAAUAAUAACAUAAAAUCUGGCAGUCUUUUGUUGUGUAUAUGUGCAUAAACAUGAUCUAUAAGUCACUGAAUUUAGAAAACGUAAUAAUGAGAGAAUUUUAUGAUGCAUUAUGACUUAAUAUGAAGCUGUCUUUAAGAAAUUUUACGUUGAAUGUAUGUGAUGAGUUUCAAUGUUAUAUGAUUAUUAGGACAGUUUAAGGUCAUGUCUGUCCUGCUGAGUUUAAAGGACUGCUGAAAUUAUGAUUUUUUGGUGAUUUUUUUUUUAUAUAAAUAAUUUCACUAAAAAUCUAUUUUAACAUGUA